AUGGCAACAAAUAAUAUCAAAAUUAAAUUUACAGAUUGUUCAACAUAUCCAAAUGUAACAGACGCAAAUUUUGAUAAAGAUUGCAAUGGAAAUGUAGUCAUUACAUGUCGAAAAGGUUUCAAGAUGGUACAAGAGCUGGAAUGUGUUGAGGAAGAAUGGAGAUAUCAAAACCCAAUAUGUAAACGCACAGAAUGUAGUUACAAGUAUUUGAAUAAAACAUGUUUAGCAUCGAGUAACACUGACUAUUAUGAUUACACGUCAACUGAAGAUGACCUAUGUGAUGAAGAAUGUAAAUCUUUUACUCGGUGGUGUACCGCUUCAUUAAAUUCAGGCAAUUAUUGUAAUCUUUACAAAGCUCCGAUCAUCUUUGGGUCAUUUGAUACAGAUCUAAAUCAAUGCAUUGAAAAGUGUAAGGAGAGGAGUGACUGUGUAACAAUGAGCAGUUCAACAGUUGCAAACAAGAAAUGCUUUUUAUUUAACGUUACUGUUACGGCAGAAUCGUCAAUUUCUUUUGUUGAAUUGCAUUUUUGUGUCUUAAAAAUUACUUGUUUAUAUAUGGCCUGA